UUGGCUCGCGGCGGGGGCCUCGUGUUUGUCCAAUAUGGCGGCGCCCAGUGGCGGUGUGAGCUGUGAGGAGUUCGCCGAGUUCCAGGGAGUGAUAUUCUUGAAGAUAAUCUCAACAGAUUGAAUUAUUUGACAAACAUCAUUUGGUCAAAGAAGUUUCUGUGGAGUCUUUCCAGCAUUAUAUACACCUUUUUCACCACUUCAGCUGCGCAGAUUAGAUCAGCACAACAGCAGCAGACUUCAAAUGUGAUCAAAGUGCCUAACAAAUACAAAUAUUUGUAAAAAUCGUAAAUAAGGAAUUACUCAAGGUGAUGAGGACGAUUGAUGACAGAAUAGUACAUGAAUUAAACACUACGGUUCCAACAGCUUCCUUUGCAGGGAAAAUUGAUGCCAGCCAAACCUGUAAACAACUUUAUGAGUCUUUGAUGGCGGCUCAUGCCAGUAGGGACCGAGUCAUAAAAAACUGUAUAGCUCAGACCUCAUCAGUAGUAAAACAGCUCCGAGAAGAGAGAGAAAAGAAUUUGGACAAUUUAACAUUGUUAAAGCAACUUAGAAAAGAACAGACAAAGUUGAAAUGGAUGCAGUCAGAACUGAAUGUUGAAGAAGUGGUAAAUGACAGGAGCUGGAAGGUGUUUAAUGAACGCUGCCGAAUUCACUUCAAACCUCCAAAGAAUGAAUAAAAAGAUACUUUUUUUAAAAAAGACCGGGUCAUCUCAUAAGAGUUAAAGCAUGACAGACAUCAACAUGGUGGGCUUCCCAGGAAGAUUUCUGAGCCAACAGUCCAAGACCUUUUGUUGAUUUCAGCCCCACUUACCCAAGACCUCAAGUAUAAAUAAUUCUGAUAAUUAUGGAGAAAUCAACUGCUAUUUUAUACUGAUUCUGUAAAAAAAAAAAAAAAAAAGAUAUU